CUCCCGCUUCAGCUCGUCGAAUCACAGGAUCCACCGCCGCGAAUAAGACUCGCCCAUCAUCCGGGGCUGAACACUCCACUAGUAGCAUUUAAGCAUAGUUUCGUUUUGCCUCUAUUCCCCAUGGGCUGGCGGGCUAAGCUGCACUUGGAUGGGGCUGAUUGGACUAGAACCUGGAGCUGGACGGUCUAACAGCCCGGGAGGGCCUGGAUGGUCGGGGUUUUGCCUUGUCGGUUUGCUGCUCUCGGUCUGCGAGGCACUGAUUGGGCUCUUGUUUGGAGGUGCUGCUACUAAUUGCUGUCGCCAUGGACUGGACUGGACUGGAUCGGAGCUGGCUUGGGCUGGAAGAGCCGCAUUGGGAGAGGAAGCGGUAGGAAGGAUUUCUUCUGCUUGUUUCAUUUCCUUUUAUUUUCUUUUCCUCACUCCCUUUUAUAGCGAUUGUUACUGAAGAAGAUCUGGCGCUUCUGCUCUUGGGUGUCUCCUUGGUUGUUUAUAGAACUGAGUCGAUGUUAGAGCGCGCUCGCUUCACACUUGUUUAGACGCUGCUGCCCCGUUCCUCUAUUCUUCCACGUCUACGGAUAUG